AGACUGAGAAGACGGUUGAUGGACGGUUCAUCGAACGGCGGCUCAUCCCUUUCGAUUCAUUCGAGCGUUCUGAUUGGUUCUACGAAUUGUGCGAGGUGGUGGGGAGAGAUAAAAAGUGGAGCGCGAGUGGCAGAGCAGCGCACUCUGCAGCGGUAAACCGGGAUGAGAGGAGAGAUUAUUCGGUAGAUUCGGUAUAUCGACGAAAGAACGAUAGACAACAUAUGCGUGCUUUGAUAUAUUUUUCGAGAAGUGUUUGUCAUUGAUCAAACGUUAUUAAAUACAAUAAUUAUACGUUCGAAAAUUUUCACAUCGUGUAACGUCCUCGUCCUCGUCCUCGUCAUCGUCAUCGUCGUCGUCGUCCUCGUCGUCGUCGUCGUUUACGAAAGAAGAAAGAAAAAGAAAAAGAAAAAGAAAAAGAAAAAAAGAAAAAUGUGCGUCCGUACAUUGGCCGGUAACGAAACAAUCAAUCCAAUGGAAAUUCGACAAGAAGAAAAUAAUACUCAACGACAAAAUAACAAUAAACUUCAAAAGGCUAAAGAAAAAUAUAUGAAGAUUCAUGAUGAGAUGAUUGCUAGAGAACUUCAAGUUAUUCAAGAACGUCGUAGAGUCGAUCAAUUUUUUGCAUCUGAUUUAGCUGACGAUAUCCUUACUGCUAGUACCAUCAAAUACAGCGUAUUCAUAAAUGUCCUGUCCAGAUAUUACGAGGCUGUACAAAGAAGUCAAAUUUUUAAAAUUCUUUUUUAUACGGCUCAACCAGCACACAUGAUCAUGAUAGCAGCUGUUCUCUUUGUGACAUCAAUUCUAGUACCAUCCAGAGACAAGAUCUAUGUAACUAAUUCUUCAAGAAUUACAUCUUUUAUUUAUCUCGCUUCUUUUGUUAUGCAUUUUGGUGCACAAGUUUGGAUGACUUUUGUUUCAGGUCUUUCCUUAUAUUUUGCACUUCCAAGACACACCUUUGGUGAAGUACAACGUGUACUUUUCCCUCGUUAUUUCACUAUCAAUGCUUGCUUAAGUUUGAUCACAUUACUUAUAUUUGUAAAACAUCAUCCGAUAUAUACAUGGGAUACUGAAUUAGCUAUUCAGGUCAUUGGAAUGUCAGGAGCGUUUUUUUUGGAACUAUUAAUACGUCUGUAUCUUACACCACCACUUCUGCAACUGAUCGUUCAAAAAAAUGCUUUAGAACGAGCCGCAGGUGUAGGUAAUGAAAUCGGCCGACACAAUCCUGGUCCUUUGAAGCACUGCCCACACUACCUCAAAAUACAUAAUGCAUUUCGACGUGUUCACGUUUCCAUUGCGAUGGGCAAUAUGCUUACUAUGGCUUGCACGGUUCUUCAUCUUCAUUAUAUUGCAAGCAAAUUAUGCGUUUUAUAAGAAAAGGUUCUACUCUUUUUCUUUUCCUAUUUUUGCAUAGUCGAUAAAAGAAAAAAAAAAUUGUAUUCCAUGAAAAAUAGUGCUUAAUGUUCAUCAGCUGGAAGAAUAUUUUUGAUAAGCCAAUAUAUACAAGUUUGGAUUAUUAAUUAAUUAAUUAAUUAAUCAAUUAAUUAAUUAUUGUUGGGUGCUAAAAAAUAAGAAGGUAAUUCCUUCCAUAGUUUUUGUUUUUUUUAUUAUUGAUUAGGAUUGUUUAAAUAGAAGAGAUAUGAUGAAAUUUUGACUUGAAUUUGAAUAGACAAUUUGGAAAUAUUUUUCAAAUAAAAACUUUUGAUCUUCUCUGUCGAUAAUGAAGAUGUGAACAGAAGGAAGCCUCGAGGAACUCAUUGUACUCUAUAUCUGAGGAUACAAUCGUAUUUAGUAAAAAAGUAUAUGUAUUUAAUAAAAUUAGUCUUCUCCUGUUAACGAAUCAUUUAUACUUCAUCGACGAUAAUAGAUACUCAAGAUAGUAAAGAAUAUAUCUGGAAAAAAACUGAGCUUAUUCUAACGUUGUGUAGAAUAAAAACUCAGUGAACUCAAACAUAUUGUAAUAAGAAACUUCAUACAAUUUUGCUUCUCUUGUUUUCUAACAAAUUCUAACAAAAUAUUAGUGCAAUCUAUUUUGAAUACACAAUUGGAUAUCAUUAACGAUGUAUGAAAUGAUAGAUUAAUGUUAAUUAAUUCUAAUAUAUAACACAUUUCUUUAGGUUUAAUUUACAAAAAUGAUCUGCUUAAAAAUUUGCCAUUUAAUAUUUACUAAAUUAUUCAACGAGUGACAUGGAUGUAUAUAUUUACGAGUGUAUAAAAAAAAAAAAAAAAAAGUGAUUGAAAUACAUCGUAAAUACUACAUUUCAAAUUGAUUAAGAUAGUAAAUGUGUGUUCUACAUGCAAAUCUUUAAUUCUUAGUGUCUGUUUUGACAAAAAAGUUGUAUUAGUUAUGCAACUUGAUAUUCAUUUGUAUAAUUCACAUAUAAAUCAACAUUAAUAUAUUGUGAAUAUAUUACAAGGAUUAUAUACUUUCAAAAGGAUACUAUGAAAGAAUAUUAAGAAUGUAUUAAUGUAAACAAUCCUCAGAUAGUUACUUUGAAAAUACUAAUACACAGUCAUUUGCUCAAAUUUUAGACUGUGAAAGGCUUACUCUGUAUCAGAGUUCAUAUUAUUUAUUGAAGUAGAUGUACAAAUGUAGAAUAAAUUUAUCGAAUUAUUAUUAUUA